AUGGCCCUAUUCAAAGAGGCCGCUCGCCCAUGCCGGGCGACAUCAGCUUGGCGUUCAUAUUCGCGACAAUGCCAGCAACAAUUCCGACCGCAGAAAAGGCUUUUUAGCCAAAGUCGAGCUGGAUUCUCCGCCGCCACUGCCGAGGAAAUCAACGGCGCGCACAAAUACUGCGUCGCUCUACUCUCAAAAUACGAUCGACCCUCCUAUACUUUGAGCACCUUCAUCCCACCCCACGCCAGAUCAUUUUACAUCGCCCUUCGUGCCCUGAACGUUUCACUCUCCAUGAUCCCCGACACAACUUCCUCGCCAACAAUUGGCCUGAUGCGCCUCCAAUUCUGGCGCGAUGCCGUCAACAAAAUCCUCGCCGGCUCGCCACCGAAAGAACCCGUCGCCAUCCUACUUGCCUCCGCCAUCUCCGAGUUGAACGAGCGCACGCAAGGCCGUGCGCGGAUAAGCAAGGGCUGGUUGACUCGCCUGAUCAAUGCUAGAGAACAGACGCUCACAAAUGAUCCGUACCCGAAUAUCGCGGCGCUCGAACAAUAUGCCGAGAACACAUAUUCUACGCUUAUGUAUUUGACACUGUCGGCAUUGCCGAUGGCUUCUGUCACGGCAGACCAUGUUGCUUCUCAUAUUGGAAAGGCGGCAGGCAUUGCGGCUGUCUUGCGUGGGUUGCCGCUUGUCGCAUUUCCCGCACCGGCAGCGAGAUCGCCCAGUGGAAGCUCAGUCAGUGCUGGCCCUAAGCAAGGGGCCGUUAUGUUGCCCUUGGAUAUCAUGGCGCAGGCCGGGGUAAAGGAGGAAGAGGUUUUGCGGCGUGGAGCUGAUGCUGAGGGCUUGCGAGAUGCUGUUUUCGCUGUCGCUACACGGGCGAGUGAUCACUUGAUCACUGUCGAGCAGAUGUUAAACAAUCUCCGAGCUGGUAAAGAUGUCGGACACGACUUCGAGCAUGAGGGUGAAGAGGGUCAUGAGUAUGGGCAUGAUGUACUAGGUGCGCAGACCCGCGAGUCACCUAUUGAUGAGAUCAAUCGGGCCUUUGGUGUCUUUAUGCCGGCUGUAUCUACGCGCAUGUGGCUGGAUCGGCUGCAGCAGUAUGAUUUCGACGUCUUCCGCCCGGAGCUGCUUCGAUCUGAUUGGAAGUUCCCGUGGAAGGCUUACAUGGCUUUCAAUCGGAAGGCUAUUUGA